UGCGUUGUCCCCGAUCUUCUUCUUGCUACUUGUUGCCUCGAACAAAAUCGUCUUUCCGUUAGUUUUAAAACGUUCUAUCUAUGUAGUCGGUGUCAGUCGGGCACAUGCCUUAUAUCUGUGACAGAGGUACCAUUUCAAUAACAGAACAUAUUAUUAGCAGAAUGUUAAUUAGAAAUUGCCUUUUGGUAUUUGUCUUCAGUCUUGUUUCAUGCAGACCUCAGUCAAAUCUCGCAGGAUCAAUAGCUUCGUCAUCUGAAACAAAUAUCGAGUCGGCUACAAAAGUUACAUUAGUACCAUUUUAUGGCGGAGGUAAAGGUCAGUCACUGCAAAUUACGGAAACAUCAGAUGGCAAGUUAAUAUCAUCAGUAAUAGUAAAAACGCCUGUUAAUCCUCCGCCGCCGUUAGAACAAACAGAAAUAGAAAUCGAUCCUCUUGAACUGGAAAAUCCUCCUUUGCCCACCAAGUUUGACAUAGAUCUAUUUGAGGGUUAUGAAUUUAUAAGAAAUAUUCAGAAAAAUGCUGGAGAAAUUGUAAGAUUACAAGAACUAGCAAAGAAAAAUGGGGAAUUAACUAAAGAGGACGAGGAAAAGUAUAAUAAUAGCAUGGCUUCGAUAAAUAAUAGUGUACAGCAAUUAGUUGAAGUACAGGAAAACACUUCUUUAGGUUCUGAAAAUAGGGAAGGCUUGACCCAAUGGUUCGAGAAGAAAAGAGAAAACAACAAAAAGAAAAACGAAUUAAAUAAAAAUGAAAAAGUCGGUAAUAAAAAAGAACCCGAAAAAGAAGUAAAUAAAAAUGAAGAAAAAGAAGAGGAACAAGAGGAAGAGAAUGAAGACGAAAAUGAUGCCGUUGCUGUAAAUUUGCCACCUGAAGAUGCGUCUGUAGCUGAGGCAAAACCGAUUGGCUUGGCGGUAGCGGGUGAAGGAGGUGUAGCAGCUAGUAAACCAAUUGCAACUGCGGUAGUCGGGCCUGGUGGAUUAGCAAUAGCUCGUCCUGUAGCAACCGCAAUUGCUGGCGUGUCUCCAGAUCAAGCUUUGGUUCCUAUUUAUGCUGAAGGAUUAGGCUCCGCACCGCACAAAAAACAUUCGAAGAUUAAAACAGACGGAAUGAAUGAAUUUUUAAAUCGGAUAAUAACUAAAUAUCACAAUACGUAAUCACUAUAUUUUUAAAUUUCUAAAUUGAUGAUUCUAAAAUUUAAAACUUAGUAUCUUUGCUAAUUGGUGCUUUAAGAUUAUUUAUAUAACAAUAAAGUAAAAUUAAAACAAAAAACAGUCAGAGUGAAGAGCAGGGGCGGCUCGUAGCACUGGAAGAUGGUGAGGCACAUUAGAAGAGAAUUUUUAUUAGUAUGU